AUGUCAGGGCUUUGUGUGCGUUCGGUUCUGGUGACGGGGGCCAACCGGGGAAUUGGCCUGGGGCUUGUUCAGCAUUUCCUGGGGCUGCCAAAGCCACCUGAGUGGGUGUUUGCAGGAUGUCGGGACCCCAAGGGGCAGCAAGCACAGGAGUUACAGAAAUUGGUCUCCAAGCACUCCAACCUGGUCAUCAUCCCACUUAAAGUCACCGACCCCGCCAGCAUCAAGGCAGCUGCAGCCAGACUCGGGGAGCAACUGGGGAGCUCGGGGCUGAAUCUCCUCAUCAACAACGCUGGAAUUGCUAAGUUGAACACGCUCGAUACCGAGACGCUGGAGGACAUGACCCAGAUUUACACCACCAACACGGUUGGGCCCCUGCUGAUGAGCCAGGCGUUCCUGCCCUUGCUGAAGAAGGCUGCCCAGGGGAGCCCAGGCUCAGUGCUGAGCUGCAGCAAGGCAGCCAUCAUCAACGUGUCCAGCUCUGCAGGCUCCAUCACUUCACACUCUGCUUGGGAGCUGAUGCCAAUUGUCUCGUACCGCUGCAGCAAG